AUGCCAUCCCAUAUCAAAACAUAUGAUGGGACUGAAGAUCCAGAGGAUCACCUCCAGAUCUUUACCGGUGCUGCUAGAAUCGAGAAAUGGUCUAAUGCUGAAUGCUGCCUCAUGUUCAUGAAAACCCUAGUCGAAUCGGCUAGAAUAUGGUUCAAUAACCUACUUACCAAAAGCAUUCGAAACUUCAACGACCUCAGCAAAGGAUUCCUUGCCAACUUCUCCCAACAAAGGUGGUACGUUAAGGAUGCUACGGUGAUCUUCCAGAUAAAGCAAAGUGACGAUGAAAGCCUUCGAGAGUUCAUAGAAAUAUAUAAAAAGGAAGGUCUAACAUAUGUGGGGGCAGAUGAAAAGAUGAGAGUGGUCGGCUUCAUGUACGCCAUCACCUCCAAAUAUCUUACAAGGGAUUUCAACAAGUCCCUACCCAAGACCUUGGAAGAAGCUCUCGAAAGGGCUGAAGCCCACAUCAGGGGAGAGGAGGCUGUAGACAUAAAUGAGCAGAGAAAAAGGGGAUCCAGUUGGCAAGAGGAAGUGAAACAAAGCUUCCAGCCACCUAGACCUCUCCCUAAAAGCAAAAGCAAUGAAAAUUCCACCCAGUUUUGUGAAUUUCAUGAAGAGAAGGGUCACCAUACUAACGAUUGCUUUCAACUCAAAAAGAGGAUUGAGGAAGCCGUCAAGUCCGGAGAGCUUGCCCACAUGGUAAAGGGGGUAAGGGACAAGAUAGCUGAAGGAAAAGGCAAGGAGGUUAACAUGGUGGAUUUCGAUGGAAAGGUUCCCCACAAACGGCAACGGUUGGAAGCUUGGGAGCUUCAGUGUGUCUACUUCCCACCAACAGAAAAGGGCCCACUCUCAAACCCUCUUGUGGUUGAAGCAACUGUGGGUACCCUAAAGACAAGCAGAGCUUACAUAGACACUGGGGCAGCUACUGAAAUUAUGUUCGAAAAGUUCUUCAAUCUUUUAAGCAAUGAUGAACAUUCAAAGCUUCAACUAUCCGAAACCUUUAUAAAAGGUAUUGCCGACAUACCCCUCAAGCCUUUACGGCAACUAACCCUCGAUGUCCGUUUGAGUGAAGGCAUGAUGGAAAGAGUUCAACCUCUCACUUUUGUGGUUAUCAAUAUACCUUCCAACUAUGAUGUCAUCAUAGGAAGGCCAGGGCAGUGUGCAUUCUAUAUGGUUGUUUCGGUUGGUUAUGGCACAGUAAAGUUCCCUACCGAGAGGGGGAUUGCAACCCUUCAACCCACUCAAGAAGCUUACAUGGUUGAAGGAGAAAGUUCAAAGAAUGAAGACGACAAGCAAGGGCUGAUCAUAAACCUAAAAUAUCCUGAGUAA